UAAACUAAAUAUCUUCUCUUUUUGGCUUUUAUAAUCUUAGGUUCUCUAGGGUUGUUCAAAGGAAACGUUUUUCUUCUUGUUCUUUCAGCUGCUAUGGAGGAAGUGAGAGAAAGCUCUGCUUGGGUGGCUCGUAAUUCUUCUCACGUCACCAUUGAUUCUUCAGGGAUUGAGAAAGUAGUGGAGAAAAUGAAAGAGUCAAUUCCCAAAGUGGAAUGGGAUUACGAAGGGAUUCAUUAUUUUGACAAUGGACCCCUCACUGUACAAUACCUUUUUGUUUUGGAUGCUUUGAAUUUCUGUUUUUGGCCUGAUAAGGAUUUAAAUUAUGAUCAUUUGGCCAAGGGAUUAAAGGAUGCUUUGCUGAAUGACAGCUCUGCAUUCGAUGCCGAUCGUCUGCAAAAUUACACAGGUCCGCAACUGCGCGAGCUGUUGAAAUGGCCUCGACCACUUCCUUUAGAGGAGGAGCGGGUUCGUUUGUUGCAUGAGGUUGGUUUUGAACUUGAAAGAAGCUUUGAGGGUAAGGCAUUGAAACUUGUUGAAUCAUGUGGAAAAUCAGCCGUAAAGCUUGUCGCACUCGUCACACGUCAUUUUCCGGGGUUUCGAGAUCACUCGGUGUACAAAGGGCACCAGGUAUUCUUGUACAAAAGAGCACAGAUAUUUGCUGCCGACUUGUGGGGUGCAUUCAAGGGCCAAGGAUAUGGAGAAUUCAGUGACAUUUGCUCGAUCACUAUGUUUGCCGACUAUAUCGUUCCGGCUGUCCUCCGGCAGCUUGGUGUGCUGAAAUAUAGUUCGACCCUUGCCAAUGCCAUUCAGGCUAGUAGCGAAAUAGGUGCUGGGACAGAAGAGGAAAUCGAACUUCGAGCAUGUUCGAUUUAUGCUGUGGAGAAAAUGAGAGAGUUACUAAGCAUAAAGUCCGGAAAGCAGGUUUUGAGUGUGGAGUUAGAUCUUUGGCUCUGGUCUGUUGGUGUUCAGUGCCCGUCGCUCCAACAUCAUCGAACUCUGUCAAUAUAUUACUGAGUAGAUCAUAUGCUUGUAAGAAGCAGGGCAGGAAAAUUUUGGCUUGGAAGACAUUAGGGAACUUCUUAGGAUAAGUUUCAUGUUACUCACCUACAUCCUUUUAUGUUUAAUAGGUUCUAAGGAUAGGUUCUAAGGAUUACAGUUUCCUGGCUGAACCGUCCACCAUAUCGGACGAAGAAAAAAUUCGGAUGAUUGGAUCGGUCUAGGUAUUUAUUCGGAUUUACAGUGAAGGGUCCAAUCCAAGUUCUUUAGCUUCUCUAGUAGUUGUAUCGCCAUUGCCUUUGUCCCCGUACUCUGCUUAGCUGUGAAACUUCCCCGGCAACAAUAUAUAAUC